CUGAUGCUGUGCGACGUGAAGGGAGUUGUUGUGUUUGCGUCAUACAGAUCCCCCCAUGAUGGGGUGGUACGCUUUUGCAAUCAACAUGGCAACGAAACUCAUUGUCACUCUUGUCAUGAUGACGCCACUCACAGCUGCAACUCCCGACCCCUGCACCGACCACAAGUACAUCUACGACAAGGGAGGUCGCAGUCCCAAAUGUCCCUAUCAGCCAGUGGAGUGUGACCGCUACAUCACCGAGAACUGGUACAAGGUGGUCAACUAUCAUGGAGCUCUGGAGAUGCCAACAUCGCACGUGGACAUCAACAGCUGCGGCGCCAACUACCCCGGCUGGCUGAAUGGGACACACCCAUCCGUCCGUGACGGCGUUGUGCAUAGAUCCGUGUGCGUCAGCGGCUACAACGACUCUUGCAUGAAGCGUGUGAUAAUCCAGGUGAAGAACUGUGGACACUUCUAUGUGUACUACCUUGUGAAGAUGGACGGUUGUUCGGAGAGAUACUGCUUUGGUAUAGAUGGCAUCUGUCCCCGGACUGAAGCAGAAAGAGAGCAAGGGGAGACAACCUGUCUACAUAACGAGCAAGGGGAGACUACCUGGCUAGAUAAAGAGCUAGGAGGGACACCUUUGCCAGAUACAAAGAAGAGGAAGGCAAAUGUGGACGUGGAUGUUGAUGGACCUAUUCCUUCAAGCGCAAACUUUGAAAAAGGUGAUACAUGGACUGUUGCGGUUUUGAUGUCGUGCCUAAGAGUACUGAUCUCAUCGUUGGAAACAUUCUAACAUUGUCUGUUUGUUGUUUAACGCUGCAGUCAGCAAUAUUCCAGCUACAUGAUGGCGGCCUGUAAUUAAUCGAGUCUGGAUCAGACAAUCCAGUGACAUCUAACAUUGUCCUUUACAUGCAUCAAUAUGUAACUGCUGACUGCAUUUUUCUCUUUGAUAACUAAAUAGAUGUCAAGACACUGUUGUCUUCCUGUAAAUAACUUAAGUCGCUCGAGACACAAAUGUUGCGUGGCGAGAUGAUAUCCGGUGUAUUGUUUAUAUACUAAAAUAUAUAACUGCGUCAGAUGGAAACACAAUCUGAAAGUGAUAUACUAUUUUAAAUCCUUUUCACUUUUUAAACAACAAUGCAAAAACAAACUCACUAAAUGCAAGAUACAUUAUUCUUUAGAUAGGGUGUCAGCGUGGCCAAUACGGUAACUUGUCAAAGCGAAAGCCAUACAGACUGCUAGAAUAUAUAAAUAUUUGUCAGCAAUGUUUGUUACACGAGUUUAUUCAGUAAAA